UUGACAGCAUGUAUUUAAUCAAAUUUUAAAAAUAAAGAAUAAAUAAAAGCUAGAAGAGUGCACAGACAAGCUAAUAAAAAAUUGAUUAAACCCAAUGAAAUUUAAAAUCGAGUGGUUGACAGCAUGUAUUUAGUGAUUGACAGAAUGCAAGUUGUCAAUCAUCUUCAAAGAGACCAGAAGACUCUAGAGUUCAAAGGAGAAAAGAAAACUGCAGAAACAACAGCUGAGAAAAACGCAGAGAAAGAGAAAAUGCAGAACCAGCAGUCGGCAAAAACGCGGAGAGAGAAGGCGAGCGAGACUAUAAAGAAGAGUAAGAACAAAUAGUGGCGUGCGAUCUCAAUGUCUGAGGUUGAAGCUUCAUCAAUGGCUGAGCCUCAAAAUGUGGAUGCUGGAAAAGAUGACGGAAAAGCAUUUUUGAGCAAUCCCGAAGUCACAGAAUAUUUUUGUCAGUUGUGCAUGGACAGAGUCCAAAAAAACGAAAUGAUGGACAUACCGGAGGGGUUAUUUUAUGUUACAAAUGAAUUAAAUAAGAAAUAUCAAUCGAGCCUUACGGUCCAGGAUAUUAUUGAUAAAUAUUGGGAACUCCUUUCUAAUUGGAAAAUCUGGAUAGAAUUGAUCAAGGAUGAGGAGUUGGUCGCUCUAGAUUGGGUUAAUGGUAAAAUUACUAUGGCAGACAACCCAUGGUGGGAAAGAAAGUUAAAAGAGUUCCCUAAGGCGGCUUUUAUACGUGAAGUAGGUCUGCCAAAUGUAAGUAUUUUAGACAUCAUAUUCGGAAGCUGUUCAACGGUUGUACCGAAGGGCUUAGGAUUAGAGGCGUCAAGGGUUUCUCUUGAGGACUCGUACUCGGAGGCUAGUACUGCGGGUUCAGACAGGGUUGAGCUGAUGAAGAAAGUAAAAAGAAGGUUAGCCAAAAUUCCUGAAUUGAAGUCAGAUGAGGCCCUCGCUAUGUUCUGUAAAGAACUGUUUGUUGAUAUAUCUAAAAGUGCCAUGUUUUGUGCAAUCCAACCGAACCAGCGGUUGGAUUGGCUCCAAGAUGAAUUCAAAGCGUUUAACAAGAGGCAGCAGGAGAGUCAAAGUCCAAGCAGCAGCCCAAGCUCUUCAAUUUAAUGUGAAAUAUUACCAUGUUCCUCCAAAACUUCAAGAACAAAUACUCUUUAAUGUAACUCGUGUCAGUUUGAUGAAACCUUUUGGACCUCAUCAAGUCUGGUGUAGAUGAGUUCAAUGAUGUUGCAUGGGAUGCAAAGAGGUAAGUUGUGAGAUUUUUGUAGCUUAAUUGUUUGGUGCUUUUUUGUGUGUCUAUGGCAUUCAGGGUUCAAAUCCCAACUUUCCGUUGUAACAAUCAAAUUAUCAAAAAAAAGAAAAACUUGGGUGUUGAUGAAUUCCAAUACUGUUGCGUGGAAUGCAAGAACGUAAGUUUUGAGGUU